AUGGCUGGAGCUGCUGCCGGGACCGGGGCUGCUGCCGGAGCCACGUGCCGAAGGGGAGAGAGAGAGGAAAGGGGAGCGCGUGCACGCGCGCCCACUACGGAAACUCGCGGGCAAUCUCAGGCCGCUGCUGCUGCUCCGCCGAGGGGCCGCUCCCUGCGCUGCCGCUGCAGCCACCCGCGCGCCCCUAAUCAGAGGCCCCAGCCCACCCCGUGCCUGCAGCACCGCCGCCGCCGCGCUGGCACCAUUGCAGCUUCGUUCUGCGCCGCUGCCACGCGGCCGGCCGAACCUCCCCCCCCUUUUUGUUUUUUAAUCUCUUUGGGAUACAAAUUUAGUAACGGUAUUCUGGGUCAAAGGGCAGACACCGUUUUAGAGCCCUUUGAGCCAACCUCGGUUGUUCCCAACGUCUCACGCGUGGAAAGGGUCCUCGGAGAGAGCGUGGCGAUUGUGUCUGACAGGGAAGAAUGGGAGAGAGUUGAGUCUUUUCUCUGGGAGGAGUUGGAACAAUGGCCAGUCCUUGGAAUUGACUGUGAACGGGUACAUGUGAAAGGCAAAGCAAGACCUGUUUCACUCCUACAAACGGCUUCCCCUACUGGUUAUCGCAUUUUCAUUAGUCUGCCUAAGCUGAUCUCUGGUGAAGCAGGUUUUCCCCAAGCCCUGGUGGAUCUUUUAGAAGACAGCAGAACCUUAAAGGCUGGGGUUGGCUGUUGGGAAGAUGCCAGCAAGUCACUUCGGGAAUAUGAUCUCACGCUGAGAGGAUGUCUGGACCUCCGAAAUCUGGCCAUGAGACAGAGGAGAGAUUUGCUUCCAAAUGGGCUUAGCCUGAAGUUCCUUGCUGAAACCGUACGCAGCUUUCCUCUGGACAGAUCGCCUCUUCUUCGUUCCAGCAAUUGGGAUGCUGAAGAUCUCACUAAGGAACAGGUUGCUUAUGCUGCUAGAGAUGCUCAGAUUUCGGUGGCUCUCUUUCUUCGUCUUCUGCAAUAUCCUUUAUCCAUGAAUUCAACCCAGAAUGGACAUAAUGAAACCACUUGGGAAAAAAUAUUGAUGAAGUGCCAGGAUCUUGUAGAUCUUCCUUUCCAUGGUAAAGGGAACAGCAGCAACAUGAGAGAAGAAAAUUCCGGAAAAAUGGAGGGCUCCCAGAAAACAAGAAACCUGGAAUCUAGACCUGGCAUGAUGUCUUCAGGUGAUCAGCAAGGCAGGGACCGAAAACAGAAAUCGAAGCCCCUCGGCAAGGGCCAUUCUGCUCGGAAAUCUCCACUCUAUGAUAACUGCUUCUUACGUGCUCCUGGUGGACAGCCUCUAUGCACGUGGGAUAGAAGGAAAGCUCAGUGGUAAGACAAAGGCACUGGAGAACUAGUGGGUGAAGAUCCUCUUGUGGUCAAGCUGCAGUCGGAGCCAUCUGGACGGCCGGAAUCCCCAAAGGAUUAUUAUCUGAUGAUCAAAGACAACCUCUGUGUAGUGUGUGGCAAGAGAGAACCCUACGUCGGGAAGAAUGUAGUACCGGAGACACUCCCCAUUGAGAUGAAAGACCAAAACUCCCAGGAUGGGUGGCUCCUUUGUACCUCCUGCCAUGCCAUUUCGAAUGACCAUAACAGCAGCUUGAAGCAACCUGCUGAAGAACGGGAAGCCCCUAUUGGCUCCGAGGAGGGACUCCACUUGCUGGAAGGUCCCAUCCAUCGUCAAGAGCGCUCUAGGGCUAGGGCCCUGCUCAGUGCUAAGUCCUUGCCUGCUUCCCGAAAAGAAGAACUCCUACAGGCAAUCAAGGCAUUUGUUAACACAGACCAGAUGCUUCCGGAAGCAGCAAAUUUGGAAGCAAGAGUUAACAAUGAGAGCUAUAUUCCCCGUGGAUUGAAGGUGGGACAGUACUAUGCAAAAGGGGGACUGCGCUCCCUCGUGAAGCUGGAAGAGUCUUGGCGCCAACACUUCUUGGACUCCAGGAAACCCAAGCAUCUGCCAGAGCGAUGGUCAGUCAACCAUAAUCAUGAAAAUCUGCUCCGAAAAUUUGGGGAUGACUUGCUAGUGGAACUAGCUGGUUAGCUUCUCUCCUGGAAGAUGAAGAAUGAGGGAACUGGGGAGGAAG